UUCCCUUCCUCAGCUCGCAUUCCUCCGCCCGUCCCGCUCCCGCCGCCAGCGGAGGCCCUAGUCUCCCGCUCCAACUAUUCCAACCAUCCAGGGAAGGGUGGGGCGUUCGGCUCCUGGGUCCCCCUCCGCCGGCCCCCCUCAUCGGUCUCCCCUUCUGCCCCGGUCCCUCCCUUUCUGGGGUGGGGCCAGCCAAUAAGCGGCCAGACUCCGGAGUUUGGCCCGAGAGCCGCGGAGCUCACCGAUUCCCCGCCCAGCAGUUCUGGCCGCUGUCCCGGUGCGCACGGACGUGGCUCGAGUUUCCUCUGCUCUCCGCUCUCGCUCGCUCGCUCUCCCCCCUUCCGCUCCUCCUUCUCUCCGGGUCUCCCGCUCCAGCUCCAGCUCCACCCGGCCGGCCCCGCACGGCUCCGGGUAGCCAUGGAGGACGUCUCGCUCUAUAUCGUCGAGCGGCCGCUUCCCGGGUACCCCGACGCCGAGGCCCCGGAGCCUGUCCACGCUGGGGCGCAGGCGGCGGAGGAGCCGUCGGGGGCCGGCUCGGAAGAGCUGAUCAAGUCGGACCAGGUGAACGGCGUGCUGGUGCUGAGUCUCCUGGACAAAAUCAUCGGCGCCGUAGACCAGAUCCAGCUGACCCAAGCCCAGCUGGAGGAGCGGCAGGCGGAGAUGGAGGGCGCCGUGCAGAGCAUCCAGGGCGAGCUGAGCAAGCUGGGCAAGGCGCACGCCACCACGAGCAACACAGUGAGCAAGCUGCUGGAGAAGGUGCGCAAGGUCAGCGUCAACGUGAAGACCGUGCGCGGUAGCCUGGAGCGCCAGGCGGGGCAGAUCAAGAAGCUGGAGGUCAACGAGGCCGAACUGCUGCGGCGGCGCAACUUUAAAGUCAUGAUCUACCAGGAUGAAGUGAAGCUGCCGGCCAAACUGAGCAUCAGCAAGUCCCUGAAAGAGUCGGAGGCGCUGCCCGAGAAGGAGGGUGAGGAGCUGGGCGAGGGCGAGCGGCCAGAGGAGGACGCAGCGGCGCUGGAGCUGUCGUCGGAUGAGGCAGUGGAGGUGGAGGAGGUCAUCGAGGAGUCGCGCGCAGAGCGCAUCAAGCGCAGCGGCCUGCGUCGCGUGGACGACUUCAAGAAGGCCUUCUCCAAGGAGAAGAUGGAGAAGACCAAGGUGCGCACCCGCGAGAACCUGGAGAAGACGCGCCUCAAGACCAAGGAGAACCUGGAGAAGACGCGACACACCCUGGAGAAGCGCAUGAACAAGCUGGGCACGCGCCUGGUGCCCGCGGAGCGGCGCGAGAAGCUGAAGACGUCGCGGGACAAGCUCCGCAAGUCCUUCACGCCCGACCACGUGGUGUACGCGCGCUCCAAGACCGCGGUCUACAAGGUGCCGCCCUUCACCUUCCACGUCAAGAAGAUCCGCGAGGGCCAGGUGGAGGUGCUCAAGGCCACCGAGAUGGUGGAGGUGGGCGCCGACGACGACGAGGGCGGCGUGGAGCGCGGGGAGGCAGGCGACCUGCGGCGCGGGAGCAGCCCCGACGCGCACGCGCUGCUGGAGAUCACCGAGGAGUCGGAUGCCGUGCUGGUGGACAAGAGCGACAGCGACUGAGCCGCCGGCGCCGCCACCCACCCCAUUCCUUGCCCCUUCCGAACUUCCUCUUUCGCUUUCUCUCUCUGCCCGAACUGGUUGAGAUUCUUCUAAAUUGAAAGUACCCCUCACACACUUUCAGGAGCACCCCUCCGAGUCUUAGAGCUUUUAGGACCCAAGGGGGAGGCAGCCCCCGCAGUGGACAGCCCUCGCUUGGACACAGUCGGGGUGGAAAUGGGAAAGGAAUCAUCUAUGCCUGUCCUGGUCGUCCAAGUCGGGAUCUUAGAGAAAAUUGCUGAGAUUCCACCGUUAGGGCCCCCGGGGGAGCUGCCUUCCCCUCAGCCUCUCCCCACACCACCCACCAGCUACUGCCAUUCGUGCUCACUGAGCUCUUCUUCAUUCUCACCCUGACCCCCGGGGGACUCAAAGCCCAAACUGUCCAAAGAGGAAGACUGAAUCCUAAAGGGGACCCUUGCCCACAUGGGAGGCCCCCUUCUAGAAGGACAUGAAAGCAGCUUUUGGGGGAAACUGAGACAGUGGGGAAGACAGGGAAGAAUGAGCCCUCACCCUGGCUGGGAGUCCAGCACAGGCUGUAUCUGCAGAGGGUCCUGGAGAAAGGCUGGAGCCAAGAGAAGCCCUGGGAAGGAGGGAUGGGGAAGACGUGCACACGAGGGAAGGCACACUGCUGUUUAUGCACCUGCACACAGGAGCACAUGGCCAUGGCUUUGGGAAGGAGAAUGGGAACACAGGAGAAGGUCGGCCAGGUGCGGUGGCUCACGCCUGUAAUCCCAACACUUUGGGAGGCCAAGCUGGGAGGAUCACCUAAGGUCAGGAGUUCGAGACCAGCCUGGCCAACAUGGUGAAACCCCAUCUCUACUAAAAAUUCAAAAAUUAGCUGGGCGUGGUGGCACGUGCCUGUAAUCCCAGCUACUCAGGAGGCUGAGGCGGAGAGAAUCAUUUGAUCCCGGGAGGUAGAGGUUGCAGUGAGCCAUGAUCAUGCCAUUGCACUCCAGCCUGGGCAACUGAGCAAGACUCCUGAACAAAAGAAAAAAAAAAAAAGGAAAAAAGGAGAAGGUGGAAAUGGGUGAAGAGAGAAGUCCCCUCACUAGCUGUUUGAGAACCACAUCUUACUGUGGUUCUCCAAGGGCAGCAGGGCCAUUUUCAGGAUCAAGAGGGAGGACAGUGUGAGAAGGUGAUGAUCCAAAGAGGGCAGAGGUCAGCCUCACCCGAUCCCUCAACUGGGCUCUCAAGGCAACCCCAGGGGUAGCCCAUUUCUCAAAGUGCAGAAAAUUCGGGUCCCAGAAGGGGGCAGAGGCAGGCUGGGAGUGAGGAGGGAGAGCAGGAUGUUGGCCCUGCCACCAAGUUGAGAGCUGGAGGCAGGGUGCGGAGAGCACAUCACAGAGCAGCCAGCCCUGGUUCACUCCUGGCAGUUUCUUCUUAAGUUUCUCCUUUCCUAGCCGGGCACGGUGGCAUGUGCCUGUGGUCCCAGCUACUCGGGAGGCUAAGGUGGGAGGAUCGCCAGAGCCCAGACGUGUGAGGUUGCAGUGAGCUAUGAUGGUGCCACUGCACUCCAUCCUGGGUAGCAGAGCCGGACCCUGUUUAAAAAAGAAAAAGCCUUUCCCUAAAGCGAGUGUCCUAAAGCUGCAGAACUAGCCAAGACCUCACUGUUUUCCUCGUCCUCGGGGGUACGUUUCCUGAAGUUUUUGGGAGUGAAGGGAGUGUGGCUCCCAGUGCAGAGGCCUCAUUCUGUUUGGGCCAGGUUCUCAAGACACUUGAGUCCCCCUGGUUCCUCCCCAUUAAACGGGGUUUGUCGGAAGCAAGAACAACCCUGUUCUCAGUCACAGCCGGAAGGGAGACCUGGAAGGCUGCCUCCUUCUUCCCUCACCUGCUCCUUAUCUUCCCUGCCCUGCUUUUUAGAAUUGCAGCUCAUUGUUUUAAGGGAUUGGGGGAGGGAGGAUGGGGACACAAAUCUUUUAUACAAUUCAAAGCUCUGCUUUUUUUUUUUUUUUUUUUUUUUCUUCCUUUUCCCUUUCUUGGUUCCCUUCUCUCCUCUGAAUGGUUGAAGACCCCUCAACUGAGGGAGGUUGGGGAUUGUGGGACAAGGUCCCUUGGUGCGGAUGGGCCGAAGGGGCCUGAGUCGUGGACAGCUGGGCUUGGGGAACCUCUCACAUUGCUGUGUCCUGGUGAGCAGCCCGACCAAUAAACCUGCUUUUCUAAAAGGA